AGAAAGAGCCAGGGACAACAGCGUCACAUUAGAAAGACACUCCCGCUCUCUCUGCUGUCACGUCCGCUCUUUCUGCUCUCCGACUGUCACUGCCAACAUAUAAAGAGACACAAUCACUGUCAGAUCCCGGCACACCUGUUCACCCCGCCCCUGUGCCGCCCUGGGAGCUCACUGCAUCACCCCUCCUCUGCAGCUGGCCAGAGACCACACCCACGCCACAAUGGCAUGGCUGCUAACCUCAUUGUUCUUCUCCUCUUCAGUGUGCUCAAAGGAGUUCACAGCAUAUCUAUAGUCAGUAAAGUGUCAGUUGAAGCUGGAAAAUCGAUCUCCAUCCCAUGUCUCUAUGAGUCCCAAUACAUAAACCAUGUGAAGUACUUGUGUGAAGGACAUACAUGGGGCUCCUGCAGACAUGCAGUAAAAACAAACAAACCAGACCCUUCAGGAAAAUAUUUAAUUUCUGAUGACAAAGAACAGGAAUUUUUCACCGUUACUCUAAACGAGCUGACAGAUGAAAACACUGAUUACUGGUGUGUGGUGGAGAUUAAUAAUGGAGCAGAAUUUGGACAGUAUUUUCAGCUGUCAGUUAUCAGUGGCACUCCGAGUCUCUAUGUCGAUCAUCAGAGGAUUACAGGAUAUAUUGGAGGUAACAUAACCAUUAGAUGUCACCACAGUAACUCUGGAGAAAUGAAGUGGCGCAGGCUGGGCAGGAACUGUGUGACAGGAUCGUCUGGAUCCACAGAUGGAACAACAGCGACGGCUUAUAUGAGAGAACAAAAUGUUUUCACAGUGAAAAUGAGUGGACUGAAGUCAGAGGACAGUGGCUGGUAUUUGUGUGCUGAAGGGGACAUUCAGAUACCAGUAUAUUUAAAUGUUACAGAGAAACUGAUUACUAGUACUACUACUGCAGCCACAAACCCUACUACUACUACUGGCAGUAGUACUACUCAUACUGUUGCUGGAAGUGGAACAAUUACUACAGUAGAAGAAAAUAAAGAACACAGAUCUUCAUUUGACCCAAAGAUCCUCAUCAUCCCUCUGAGUAUGUUGACCUUGAUUGUAAUUGUGAUGCUGUACAUCUGGUUUAUAAUGAGACACAAGCAGAACAAAGCAGAAUCAUCAGUCACAGCAAUGGUUGGAGAGGAAGUAACAUACUCUGAAGUUAUAACCAAGAAAAAAUGUUCACCCAAGGCUGGAGACAAAGUAACAUACUGUGAAGUCAGACCCAAGAAAAAACGUUUACCCAAGAGUUCAUUUGCUGAAAGUGACAUGGAACUCGUGCACAGUUCUGUUGUUGAGAAACAGCAUAAUAAAAGGGCUGAAGGAAAAGAAACAAGUUACAUACAGCACAUUAGCUAAUCUCUACUGAAAUCUGUACUGAAACUUUUUUGCAAUCUUAACUUUCUCUCCUUGUGAGAUAAAUGAUGUAAUGUGUUAUGUGAUGUCAUCAACAUGUUAUGUAGUAAAUAUUUUUUGUGUUAAGUUCAUCUUGUUAUCUUAAAGCUCCUAAGUUGCUCAGUGUUUAGUCCUUUGUCUGUUAGGUCCUUUUGUGUCAUCACCCCUUGUGUUUUAGUCUCCCUUGUUGGUUCUUGUUGUUAAGUUGGUAUCAUAUCUGCAUCCCGUCAUGUUUCCUGUUUAUUUUGAAAAUCUUGUUUCCAUGUUCUGUGUGCUCAGUUUACACUUCCCCUGUGGUGUUAUUAUGGUCUGUUCUGUCAGCUGUUUGCUCAUGUGUUUCCACUUCCCUUAAUCUCCCCUAUGUGUAUUUUAGUCUGUGUGUGUUCUUUCAGUCUUCAUCAGAUCGUCUGUGUUACCACCCAUCUCGGCUUGUCAAGGUUUUUGACUUUUUGUUCUGGGCAUGUUCACGUUUCUAGUUAAUGUUUUUUGAUGUCAUGGUUCCUCUCAUGCUCCAGUGCAAAAUCAUGUUCAUAGUUGUUCAAAGUCUGUCCUAGUGUUCCCAGUUUCGGAUUUAGUUUAGUUUUCACCAUGUUGCCUUGUUUUGUUUCUUGUAAACAUUUAAAAGCUUUUGUCAGUACGGAGACGCACGGAUUAGUAAAUAGAUGCGCCCGUGUUGCGUGCUGACUUGACCCAAACGCGGCAAAGACCUGACAAUGGGUUGGAAGAUGCACGCAGUUUAAUUUAGUAACACCAAGAGCGCAAACCGCGGAUUCGGACAGAAAUCGAUGUUAUGAAUUGGAGCGGGAACACGCAGA